AUCGCAUCGGCCAGUGCCGCGCACUUUCAUUACACGUUGAUUGUGAAGUGGUGACCAGAGUUCUUCCGGAAUAUUUCGUGUCAACACGAUGUACGACUGAUUCGGCGGAGUGUGACGAGUGUAUUUUGUUUACAUUACUGUGAUAUUAGUGUAGCCAGUUGUGAGGGACGAUGGAAUCCAGAAUUCAUUUGUUAUUAACGGCCGCUCUUGUUGUCAUCGCGGCAACAUGGUGCGAGAGCGCGCGGGACGCGUCCUGUCCCAGGAUCUGCGGUCCAGCGCUGCAGGGCGAGCCCGUCUGCGCCACCGACGGCUACAUUUACCCCUCCCUCUGUGAGAUGCGGAAAAAGACGUGCGGGAAAGGUGUCAAGCUAGCCCAGGACCAGGGAUCGUGUUCCCGAGCCCAGGGGUCGAAGUGCGAGCACCGGUGCACGGCAGAGCGGGACCCGGUGUGCGGCACCAACGGCCGCACCUACCUCAACAGGUGUAUGCUGCAGGUGGAGAUAUGCAGGGUCGGCAUAGGUCUGUCUCACUUGGGCGCUUGCAACAACAUCAGCGCGCACCGAGAGAACUGUCCCGUGGACUGCUCCCAAGCGCCCCUCGACGGGCCGAUCUGCGGGUCCGACGGCAAUGUGUACAAGAGCACUUGUCAAAUGAAGCUGCUAACUUGCGGGCAAGGUGUGGUAAAAACGAGCAAGAAGCAUUGUCAAACAACGCGCCAUUGCAGGGAGUCGUGUUGGCGCGUUGCCAGGCCCACUUGCGGCUCCGACGGCAAGCUUUAUGCCAACGCCUGCAGAAUGAAAGCUACCAACUGCGGGAAGCACGUUUUCGAAGUACCCAUGGCUUUCUGCGUAUCCCAAGAACGGACAUCUGGCGGAGAGUCGUGCCCAACCGACUGUUCCGGACAGAAGGAAAAACUAGUGUGCGGAUCUGACGAAAGCAUUUACCGAAACGAAUGCGAACUGAAAAUGCUUAAUUGCGGAGGGAACAACAGGAAAGUAGUGAAGAAAGUGGACAUGGAGAAGUGUAAGUCGAAGAUGAGCAAGUGUUUGAAGGUGAAGUGUCCCAGCCAGUUCGACCCCGUGUGCGGAACCGAUGCCAACGUCUACACAAACCCUUGCUUCCUCAAAGUCGCUACUUGCCUGAAAGGAGUGCAGUUGGCGCACUUCGGCAACUGCACGCUGCUGCCGCAGUUGGAGACGGACUGCCCGGACAACUGCGACAACGCCGUCGAACAACCCGUCUGCGGCUCCGACGGAAAUGUUUACAAGUCGGAGUGCGAGCUGCGCCGUCUAACAUGCGGUCAGCACGUGGUGACAGUGUCGGCGUCGCACUGCCGCACCACCGCCCUCUGCCACGAGCGCUGCCCCGACACCCCCGCCUUCGUCUGCGGAUCCGACAACAGAUUCUACAAGAACGAGUGUAUCAUGAAGAAGGAAAAUUGCGGAAAGCACGUAUUCGUGGUGCCCCUGAAGCGGUGCCUCGCGCGGUUCCAGUACUCGGGGUGCGCGCGCGUGUGCCCCGCUGAGUACGACCCUGUAUGCGGCACUGACGACAAGACAUACUCCAACAAAUGUUUCCUCGAGAUGGAGAACUGCCGAUCGAGGAGUCUCGUGCAAAUGAAACAUUUAGGAACGUGCACAGAACCCAUCGCUGAAGAGCCGAAGAACUAUCUUUAUCGAUAAGUUAACAUAGUAUUUACUCACAUUUCAUCUAAGUCGUUACAGGUACUGCUUUUUAUUGGACCUAAGUAUUAAAUGUCUAUAUAUUGUGCCAAUAAUGAAAAAAAAAUAUUUAUGUCUUCCAUUUUCAAAUCUUUUAUUAUUGUUAGUACAAACGACAGAUGGCGUCAUAACAUCGGGCGUAAAUCGGCAAGUAUAGGUGAUUAAUGGAAGUGAUAAAUCCGUAAUUAAGGUACUAUUUUCUUUUAACGAAUAUUUAUCCUAAGUAGGUUUAAUAUUAUUAUCGUGAGAUACUGCCAGUUUCUAAUGUGUUAUUUAAUAUUUGUAAUAAGAUACUGCAACAUGUUUGACAUUCAUUGAAAAAGAGGAAAAGUUUUAAUCCAAAAAGAUGAAAGAUACAUUAAGUGAGGCUAAUUACAGAAGUCGCCAAAUCUGUAACAAGGUAACAUCGGAAACAAUACUGCCAACUUUACUAAAGUGUGCUCUCAACAAACAGAGAUAGGAAACGAUGCCUUAUCUUUCAUCCGUUUCCUAUCUGUGUUUACAACUUUAUACAUACAAUUUUAAAUAUGUAUGUAUGAACUACUUCUAAUUA